GUCCUGCAGCCAAUCAGCGGGACCUCCGGGACCCCCCAGCACUCGAGGAAGGGCCGAGGGGCCGGGUCAGCGCUGGGCUGGGUGGCCGCGGGAGCCUGGGAGUUUUCCCGGCUCUGUCUGUCCCCCUCCGGUCUCUGCCCUUUGAAGCCGGCGGCAGCUGGGACGGAGCGAUCACUCACCCGUCUCUCCCUUUUGUCUCCCUCCCAGCCCGGACGGCUCAAGUUUUGAAUAGACUUCGGUGCUGGGAGCAGGCUCUGGGAGGGCAGAGACGCCGAGCCCGGCCUCGGGACCCCCGCUGCCCCGCUCUGCCCAGCCCUGGGCCCGCCCUCCGGGCCCUGCAUGCAGGGACCAUGGGGGUGGGCCGGAGGCUCCUCACCUUGCUCCUGAGUGUCCUUCCCUUUACCUGGGCAGAAAUCCAAACGCCCCAACGGCACAAGGAGGUUCCUGCGGACCAAGCGCUGAGCCUGAAGGAAAGUUUCUUGCUUCUGGCCCUCCACAACAGACUCCGGAGCAAGGUCCACCCGCCAGCUGCCAACAUGCAGAGGAUGGAUUGGAGUGAGCAGCUGGCCCGACUGGCCCAGGAGCAGGCAGCCCGCUGCUCAGCCUGGGUCCCCCUCCCUGCCCGAGCCCAGGCCCUGCAGGUGGGCUGGAACCUGCAGCUCCUGCCCGCGGGGGCUGCCUCCUUCACCGAUGUGGUCACCUCCUGGUUUCGAGAGGGGCAAUGGUACGCCUACUCGGCUGCUCAGUGCGCCAGCAACUUAACCUGCGCCCACUACACCCAGCUCGUGUGGGCCACCUCAAGUCAUCUGGGCUGUGGGAGACACCUGUGCACGGUGGGUCUCAUGGAGAUGGAAGCAUUCGCUUGUGCUUAUUCUCCUGGGGGCAACUGGGAGAUGAAUGGGAAGACCAUCGUCCCAUACAAGAAAGGAGCCUGGUGCUCUCUCUGUACCGCUGGCGCUUCUGGCUGCUUCAAAGCCUGGGAUCAUGGCGGCGGGCUCUGUGAGGUGCCCAGAAACCCGUGUCGGAUGAGUUGCCGCAACAACGGACGCCUCAAUGUCAGCACUUGUCACUGUGACUGUCCUCCGGGUUACACCGGCAGGUACUGCCAAGUUCGGUGCAGUGUUCCGUGUCAACAUGGCCGGUUCCGGGAAGAGGAGUGUUCCUGCCUCUGUGAUGUUGGCUACGGUGGAGCCCAGUGUGCAAUCAAGGUCCAGUUCCCCUUCCACGCCUGUGACCUUUGGAUAGAUGGCAGCUGCUUCAUGAUCUCCCCUGAGGCAGACACCUACUAUGGAGCCAAGAGUAAAUGUCAGGAGAAGGGAGGAAUGCUGGCCCAGAUUGAGAAUCAGAAAGUCCAGGACAUUGUGGCCUUCUACCUGGGACGCCUGGAAAACACCAAUGAGGUGACUGAUGCCGACUUUGAGACCAGGAACUUCUGGAUUGGACUGACCUACAAGACCUCCAAGGACUCUUUCCGUUGGGCCACGGGGGAUCAUUACUCCUUCACCAGUUUUGCCUUUGGCCAACCAGACAACCAGGGGUUUGGGAACUGUGUGGAGCUGCAAGCAUCUGCUGCCUUCAAUUGGAAUGACCAGCGCUGCAAGACCCGAAACCGCUACAUCUGCCAGUUCGCUCAGGAGCACAUCUCCCAGUGGGACUUGGAGCCCUGAGAUGGUAUCUCCUGCCAUCUGUCUUCCCCUGCCUCUGCCCUUGACACCCAUUGGGAAGAAGAUGAUUCUGCAUCCAGGAUAAUUCCCCUGACAUUCCUAUAUCCCCGCAGGAGAGUGGUGGGGCCCAGGGAGGGAGGUUGACCACCUGGAAGGGAUGUGUGAGGGAAGUGGGACAAACAGGCAGAGAUCUCUGGUCCCUUCCCUGCCCUCUUGGGCACGGGGGAGAGGGCUUUCUGGGCCAGGUCUUUCUCUUGGUAUCCUUCCUUUCCCUUCUGCUGGUACACAGGGAGAAUCAAGAAAUGUGUACCAGGCCUGGCCAUGCUGAAAGCUCUGUCCCACGCCUGGAUCACUUAGUGCCCCGGGCAGAGAGCCCAUUCCCCAACGCCUCUGUGUGUGUGAUAGUGAUAGUGGCUCCUAGGGCCUGGCUAGCGAUGGUAUUGGGCUAGGAACGUAGCAAAGCAGCACCUCCGGGCACUUAGAAUGGACACUGUGAAGGAAUAAACUAAUUUAUGCCUAAAUUUGGUGGUGUUUCUUGGUUCUUUCUCUCCUGGCCUGAAGAACAGAAUCAUUUAGGGUUGACCAGUAUCUCCCCUGGCUUUGAAAUGGGGGCGUUUUCAUCUCUUCCAUAUCCACAUUUGUGCCCACACAACUGAAGGAGUCAUGGGGAUGAAGGGAGAAUCGUAGGGACAGGGCUGGAUGGGAGUUGUGGGGAGCAGAGUGUGUG